AAGCAGUUUGUAUCAUCUCCAUUUUCCAUUUCCCAAAAGUAACACACUAAAUACUUUCCUUUCUACUUCAAAAAAAAAAAAAAAAAAAAAAUGCAGGCAAACAAUGAGAAACUGCUGGCAAACUAUGUGCCACUCUAUGUGAUGCUUCCGUUGGAUGCUGUUACGCCGGAUAAUGUUGUAGGAAACAGAGAAACUCUGGAGAAAAACCUUAAGGAGCUGAAAGCGGCCGGUAUCGAUGGGGUCAUGACUGAUGUCUGGUGGGGGAUCGUGGAGUCCAAAGGACCAAAGCAGUAUGACUGGAGUGGUUACAGGAGGUUGUUUCAACUGGUUCAAGACUCUGGACUGAAACUGCAAGCUAUAAUGUCAUUCCACCAAUGUGGUGGCAAUGUUGGAGAUGUCGUUUAUAUACCGAUCCCUAAGUGGGUUCGUGACGUCGGAGAAUCGAAUCCCCAUAUCUUUUACACCAACCGGAAAGGUAACAGGAACCCAGAAUACCUCAGUCUAGGGGUGGAUAAUCAGCCCCUGUUUCAUGGACGAACUGCUGUAGAGUUGUACAGAGAUUACAUGAAGAGCUUCAGAGAGACUAUGUCAGAUUUUAUUGACGGGGGACUUUUUUUAGACAUUGAAGUGGGAAUGGGCCCUGCAGGAGAGCUCCGGUACGCGUCUUAUCCAGAAAGUCAAGGAUGGGUUUUUCCUGGUAUUGGAGAAUUUCAGUGCUAUGACAAAUAUCUAGCAGCGGAUUUCAAAGCGGCUGCAACACGUGCAGGCCAUCCUGAAUGGGAAUUGCCAGAUGAUGCAGGGGAAUACAAUAAUAAACCAGAUGAUACAGGGUUCUUUCGAUCAAAUGGAACAUACCUUACCGAGAAAGGGAAGUUCUUCUUGACUUGGUAUUCUAACAAACUCCUGAAGCAUGCUGAUCAGAUCCUGGAGGAAGCGAACAAAGCUUUUCUUGGCUGCAAACUAGUGUUAGCAAUCAAAGUCUCCGGAAUGCAUUGGUGGUAUAGACAUCCGAGUCAUGCUGCGGAGGUUACUGCAGGAUACUACAACUUGGACGACAGAGAUGGAUAUAGACCAGUAGCAAGACUGCUUUCAAGGCACCGUGCCAUCUUCAAUUUCACAUGUUUAGAAAUGAGGAACAUUGAACAAAGUGCAGAUGCAAAAAGCGCGCCUCAGGAACUUGUGCAGCAGGCUUUGAGUGGGUGCUGGAGAGAGAACACUGAAGUUGCUGGGGAGAAUGCACUGCCAAGGUAUGAUAAUUAUGCCUAUGACCAAAUCCUUCUAAACGCUAGACCAAAUGGUGUUAACAAAGAGGGCCCACCAAAACUGAAGAUGUAUGGAGUGACCUACCUUCGUCUAUCACCUGAACUCCUAGAAAAGACAAAGUUCGAUUUGUUCAAGGUAUUUGUGAGGAAGAUGCAUGCUGAUCAGGAUUUUUGUCCAGACCCAGAAAAGUACGGCCACCAUAUAGUUCCACUAGAACCUUCAAAACCAGAAAUUCCAACUGAAGAAAUUCUGGAAGCGACCAAACCAGAGAAGCCGUUCCCUUGGGAUAAAGCAACGGAUAUGAGUGUCACUCCUGUUGGUGGGAUUCUUUAUUACAUCAGCAGGCUCUUUAGGUUCAGAUGAAACCAAAUCCAAAUAAAAAAGAAGCAAAUAGAGUGUAUGGAUCUGAAGAGCAAAUAAUUGCCAUAUAUAGCAUGGCAGUCUGGUGCUUCUAUAUGCCCAGUUUUCUAAAUAAAAGAAUAUCUGCAUGUAUAUCAUAUAUCCUGAUGUACCACUUUGUUAUUAUGAUGGUACUCACAAUAAGCUUAGAAAUUAUGUUUGUUACUUGUAAAAAAAUAAAAUAAAAUAAAAAUCCUCUUUC